AUGCUCCCUAAUAUAUUCAAAAUAAACUUGUGUGGGAUUAUUAGAAUCCCUGUUGGCUGCGAUCACAGGGAGGGUGGUGGUGGUAUGGGGGAGGGGGCGCUGUGCGGUUGCGGCGAUGUUGAACGCCCACUGGUGUUCCCUCUCGAGGUGUCGGAUGGUAGUGCGAAGGGUGAGGGGGACGAUGAGGGCGAGGGCGAGGAUAGCGAGGAGGGUGAUGAGGAAGGAGCUCAGAAGGGCGAGAAGGAGGGUGGUGAUGGGGGUGGGGUUGCGGUCAAGGUGGAAGCGGAUGGUGUAGGUCUCCUUGAGGAAGAAGACGGCGACGACGAGGAUGAGGAUGAGGGCGAUGGUAAGGAACCAGCUGCAGAGAAGGAGGGCGAUGGUAAGGAACCAGCUGCAGAGAAGGAGGGCGAGGAGUAG